AUGCCAAUAUCCAAUAUGUGCUGCAGUGUUGUCCAUGCCAUUGGGUUUAGUCAAGGUGUGCCUAGGUUUAGUCCUGUACCUAGGGUUAGUCAAGGUAUACCUGGAUUUAGUCCUGUACCUAGGUUUAGUCAAGGUGUACCUAGGUUUAGUCCUGUACCAAGGUUUUGUCAAGGUGUACCUAGGUUUAGUCCUGUACCUAGGAUUCGUCAGGGUGUACCUAGGUUUAGUCAUGUACCUAUGUUUUGUCAUGGUAUACCUCGAAUUAGUCCUGUACCUAGGUUUUGUCAAGGUGUACCUAGGUUUAGUCCUGUACCUAGAUUUAGUCAAGGUGUACCUAGGUUUAGUCUUGUACCUAGAUUUAGUCAAGGUGUACCUAGGUUUAGUCUUGUACCUAGAGGUAGUCAAGGUGUACCUAGGAUUAGUCCCGUACCUAGGUUUAGUCAAGGCAUACCUGGGUUUAGUCCUGUACCUAGCUCUCGUCAAGGAGUACCUACGUUAACUCCUGUACCUAUGUUUUGUCAUGGUAUACCUAGUAUUAGUCCUGUACCUAGGUUUCGUCAAGGUGUACCUAGGUUUAGCCCUGUACUUAGAUUUAGUCAAGGUGUACCUAGGUUUAGUCUUGUACCUAGAGGUACUCAAGGUGUACCUAGGAUUAGUCCCGUACCUAGGUUUAGUCAAUAA